AUGCCGUCCGGGGUCUGGGUUCGCAGCUCUGUCGGACUCGGCUGGGUCGGUUCUGCGGCGGCGCCGUCCCCUGGCGCGCUCCGCGCGCCCCGGGGAGCGGGGGUCUCGCCGCCGACCGAAGAGGACAUCUCCGACCUGUCCUUCCGCUUCCUCGACGCCGCCGCCGCCCCCGCGGGCACCGCGGGCGGGCGGCGCGACUGGCUCUACGGCUGGGGCUUCUCCUACGCCUUCACCCGCUCCGCGUGGGAGCUCGCGCCCUUCCCGGACGUCGAGUUCGCCGAGGACAUGGGCUUCGUCGAGGGCCUCAUUGCUCACGGCGUCCCGGUCGCGCUCGCGCGCCUGCCGUGCGCUGCGAACGGCAGCGGCCUUCCGCUCGGCCUGGUCGCCCACAGCUGCCACCCCGGCAGCACAAGCGGGGGCGAGGACCUCGCAAGCCGCGGCCGCUGCGGGGUGCCUGCGGGCAUGCCGCACAGUCUCGCGCGGCUGAUGCCGAUGGUCAGGAGGAUUCAGCACAUGUGGCCGGGUCUGCUGCACGACUUCGGCCCGCGCUCGACGGUCCUUGGCGCCCCGCUGGGGAAGCGCCUCGCCACAGGCGUGCCGCGGGGGCCCCUGGCCCCCAGGCGGCCGCAGGCGCCGCGGGCCCUGGCCCUGCAGCGCCGGAGGUAA